AUGGAUAACGACACGACGGUCUACAGCAACUGUGCCAGCCCGGCCAGCUACCAGCAGUACACCUGGACGCUAACGGACAAGCUGCGUAAGACAGCCAAAUCGGAGCUGCGCGAGGACGAACAUCUGCGAGCGCAAGGUUUGGCGCAGAUGCGCGAGUUCAUCGCCAAGAGUCCACACAUCAAGCGCUGCCGCACCGACGCACUGUUUCUGCUUCGGUUUCUCCGCACGAAGAAGUACUCGAUCCCGCAGGCGUGCGCCAUGCUGGAGAAGUAUCUCACCGUGCGCCAGGCCAACCCGGCCUGGUACCAUCGGAUGGAUAUAGAGGAUCCGGAAAUUGAGGCAAUCAUCGACGGCGGGUACAUUGUGCCGCUGCCCGAGCGUGACGAUCAUGGCCGGCAGGUGGUACUGUCGGUGGCGGGAAAUCUUGAUCUGAGUCGGGUGUCUUCCGCACUGUUGGCGAAGGUUCACUUCAUGGUGCAGGAGGUGCUGGCGGACGAUGAGCAGUCACAGAUCUGUGGCUACGUGCACUGUGUGGAUGAGCGGGAGCUGUCGAUGAAGCUGAUGGGCAUGUGGUCGCUGGUGGACAUUAAGAAGGUGGCCGAUUGCAUACAGAACGGGCUGCCGAAUCGUAUCAAUGGAUUUAAUCUGAUCGGUCUACCGUCAACGGCUGCCACGCUGCUCGAGUUCUGCGUCUCACUGUUGAGUGAUAAGCUGCGCAAGCGAAUCAACCUUUUCCGCACCGUGGACGACUUUGCUGGCAAGAUAAAUCGCAAAAUUCUACCCAAGGAGUAUGGUGGCACUGUGCCAAUGGCGGACAUGAUCGCACAAUUCAAGGAACGCUGCCGCCAGAAGCGAGCCCAGCUCUUGGCUAUGGAUGAGAUGUGCAUCGAACUGUCAAAGGUACCGGGACAUUGUGCGGAUUCGUGCCGUCGGGAUAUGGAGGCUGGUAUGAUCGGAAGCUUCCGCAAGCUGGAGGUCGAUUAA